AUGCAACCCAACCUCGCCUCCCCACCACCACCUCCCAAGCCCCGAGGACCAUCACCACUAGCCUUUCUCGGUCUCAUCUUGGGAACGACAGCUCUGUUCGCCUAUGCGCUCGAACGGAAAUCGCAGACCACCACGGCGACGUCGAAGCGCUUACGAGCUAGCGAUACCAUCAAGCCUGGUAACUGGAUGGGAGACCAGGAAGGGGUUGAGGAUCCCGAGGUCGAAAGGCUGAGAAAGGUUAAAGAGGCCAGGGAGAGGAAGGAGAAGGAGAAGAAACAGCAGAAUUGGGGGAGAUUGGGCGCGGUUGGAGGGACGGAGGGGUUGGCGGGAGGGUGGGAGACGGUCAGGAGCCCGGGUGUGCAACCGCCAUCGACCAUGCCCGAGGCGUUUAGGGGGGAGAUGGCGAGGGGUCCUGAUCCUUCGCAUCAAGAGAAGCGGCACGAGCAGGAGAAGAAGACCCGACUGGUAUAG